GCCAUGGGAGAGUGGGGCUUCCUGAGUUCCCUUCUGGACGCGGUGCAGGAGCACUCGCCCAUGGUAGGACGCUUCUGGCUGGUGGUGAUGCUCAUCUUCCGCAUCCUGAUCUUGGCCACGGUGGGCAGCGACGUCUUCGACGACGAGCAGGAGGAGUUCGACUGCAACACGCGGCAGGUGGGGUGCAAGCAGAUUUGCUACGACCUGGCCUUCCCCAUCUCCCACUACCGCUUCUGGGUCUUCCACAUCGUGGUGCUUUCGGCCCCCGCUGUCCUCUUCGUCAUCUACUCCAUGCACCAGACCACAAAGAUCAACCAGGCCCAGGAAGAAGGCGAAGAGGUGGGGAGCGGCAAGGCCGGGCCCAAGGGCCAACCGCCCUUCAAGCUCCAGCCCAGCCAACGCACCCAACACAUCCAGAACUUCUACAUAGUCAACGUCGUGGUCAGGAUCUUGGCAGAAAUCGGCUUCCUAAUAGGGCAGUGGAUGCUUUACGGCUUCCGGGUGGGAUACCAGUACAUCUGCAAACACCCGAUGUGUCCUCACUUGAUUGACUGCUUUGUCUCUCGCCCCACCGAGAAGACCAUCUUCAUCCAGUUCUACUUCAUGGUGGGCCUGGUUUCAGCGUUGCUCAGCCUGGCGGAGUUGGCACACCUCUUGUUCAAGAACCGGUGCAGGCGCCGCCGCGCCAUCGCCCCUCCUGCUCCCGCCUCUUACGAGCAGCAGGACAAUUGGUCCAACCAGAAACAUGAGAAAUCUCAGCACUUUCUUGGCGUCACCGAUGAUGGGGCCAACAGUGCACCAGCUCGUGAUGGGAUUCCUAACUGCUACGAGCCCUCGGCUCACUUCCAUCACAAAAACGCCACCAAGAGCAGCCGAUCUUCUCGCUCUUCUGCCAGAGCUGACUUGACAGUGUGA